UGCUGAUCAAUAUAUUGAUCUAUUGUCUGUAAAACCCACUUGGGUUUUUAUGGGUUUUUCCUUUUUUGGAUGUUUACUAGUUCAAAUUAUAUUCUUCUUUUGUCCUCUGGUUCGAUUUUACGUGAACCCUUUGAGAGGUUUUCUGAGAAAAAAAGUAGUAUACAAAGGAAAGAAAAUUAUAGAAAAUCUGGGGUGGCAAUUGAUGAAAUGGGCUGUAUAAUUUGGGAAAGAUAUGUCUGGAUUUUCUCGGGGCUGAUGACAAUUUUCUUGGUGCCAAUGUGCCGUGGAACAACCGACCCUCGCGAUGUUUUUGCAAUAAAUAGUUUAUAUGCUGCUUUGGGCUUCCCGAUUCUUCCUGGGUGGAUGCCAUUUGGAGGAGACCCGUGUGCAGAUGGUUGGCAAGGUGUACAGUGCGUCAAUGCCAACAUAACUGGAAUAGUUCUCACUGGCGCGAAUUUGGGCGGUGAACUGGGAAAUGACUUAGGAAAUUUUUCUUCUAUCAUUCAAAUAGAUUUGAGCAACAACCACAUUGGAGGUAGUAUUCCAUCCAAUUUGCCCAUUACCAUCAGGACCUUUUUUCUUUCGGGUAACCAGUUCACUGGAAGCAUCCCGGAAAAUUUGUCAGCAUUAGGUCAAUUGUCGGACUUGUCGUUUAAUGAUAACCAUUUAACCGGAGAAAUACCAGAUGCCUUUCAACAGCUUAUGGGUUUGAUAAACUUGGAUCUGUCAGGUAACAAUUUGAGUGGUCAACUGCCUCCUUCUAUGGGGAACUUGUCAUCUCUUACUACACUGCAUUUGCAGAACAAUCAACUCGUUGGGGUCCUUGAUGCUCUACAAGAUCUUCCCCUGACUGAUCUGAACAUUGAAAAUAACUUGUUCUCUGGACCUAUACCUGACAAGUUGCUGAAUAUCCCCAAUUUCAGAAGAGACGGAAAUCCCUUUAACACAACUGUUAUCCCAUCACCCCCUGCCUUAUCUCCUUUGCCAUCUUCGUCUGUGGCCCCAUCUCCGGCAUUAACUCCUGGAAUACCGGCAUUUGGACCGUCUGCACCCAAAAUAACACCAAAGCCUGCACCCAAAGCACCAAAUUCUGUGACAGGAGCAAAGUCUUCGACAACUAAAAGGGUCACUUGGAUUGCUAUUGGAGGGUUGGUAAUAGUUAUAGUGCUUGCCAUAGGACUGUGCUUUUGUAUGUCUAGAUACUGCAAAGGAAGUCAACAAGUCAGAAAAUUUGCCAAGAAUCAUGAAAUGGGUGCAUAUAAUGACUCCAACGAGAAGCCGAGGAAUAAUGAAUCUUUGCCAAAAUUAUAUAGCCCUAUAGAGAAAGGUCAUAAAGAGGCAGGUUUGAUUUUGAGGCCACCGGUUGGAUAUAGAAAAGAUCAUGAAAGAAGCAGUUUAUGGUUACAGUCAGACACCGUGCAGGAAGAUAAUAAGAGAAUGGCUGCAAUUCCAAAGAAAAAGGAGUAUCAUGAGAUAGAUAUGUUGGGACUGGAUGAAGAUAUUAUGUCAUCACCACGCCCACGACCUCCUCCCCCAUUUCUUCCAGUUGACAAGAUUACUGCAAAUCCAAUUCUUCCCCCAGGACCCAUGUCGAGACGUUUUAACAAAACUCCGAACUCUGUACGGUCCUUCACCAUUGCAUCACUUCAACAAUAUACUAAUAGCUUUUCUCAAGAAAAUCUUAUUGGAGGAGGCAUCAUUGGUACCAUUUACAGGGCUGUGAUUCCCACUGGAAAGCUACUAGCGGUCAAGAAACUCGAUACUACAGCUUGCAGGAAGCAGAGCAAUGAAGAUUUCCUUGAGCUAGUGUUUAGUGUCUCCAAGCUUAAACAUGCUAAUGUAGUUGAGCUUGUGGGGUACUGUGCUGAGCAUGGACAGCAGCUACUUGUGUACGAGUAUUGCAAAAACGGAACACUUCAUGAAGCAUUGCACUUGGAUGACGAAAUCCAUAGGCAACUAUCAUGGCACACUCGCAUCCGCUUGGCUCUUGGAGCUGCAAAAGCCCUAGAGUAUCUGCAUGAAGUUUGUCAACCGCCCAUUGUACAUAAAAAUUUAAAGUCUGCCAAUAUCCUUCUUGAUGAUGAGCUUGCAGUACAUGUCUCAGAUUGUGGUUUGGCUCCUCUAAUAUCACGUGUCUCUGAAAGUCAGUUGUCAGGUAAUGGUUAUGGUGCUCCAGAGCUCGAGUUGGGAAGUUAUUCUAGCAAGAGUGAUGUCUACAGUUUUGGAGUUGUUAUGUUGGAGAUCCUCACAGGGCGAAAAUCGUAUGACAGGUCGCGGCCUCGUGGAGAGAAAUUCUUGGUUAGAUGGGCAAUUCCUCGGCUUCAUGAUAUAGACGCACUAUCAAGGAUGGUUGAUCCUUCUUUAAAUGGAGCAUAUCCUUCAAAGUCUUUAUCACGCUUUGCUGAUAUAAUUUCCCUAUGUCUUCAGCCUGAGCCAGAAUUUAGGCCACCAAUGUCGGAAAUUGUCCAAAACCUGCUUCACAUGAUUUAGAGAGAUCCCUGACAAAGUGACUGCAAUGGGAAUUAAACGAAUUAUGGUAUGAACACUAGGGACAAUAAAUCAAAGUACGGUGAAUGUGCCACCAUUGAGCUUAUGUGAAGACGGAAUUAAAGGCGGCGCGUGUUUUCAGUAAAGAAAGCUGCAAGGUUUGGCUCCUCCUAAGUCUUUUCAGUACCUCCUGUUCUUUAAUUCUGACUCGGUUGGGCUCAUUUGUUUGCACUUGCAAAAGACUGUAGUGUGCUUUCUUGUAUUUUGUGUGCUAGCCCAAAUAUUUAAUUAAUUCUUUGUAUGAUUAGUUCUUCAUAAUGUAAUUAUUUGUUGUGUAGAAAUGUGACUUGUCAUAAUAUUUAAAUUGCCAUUGUUCUCAUGUUAUUCUCUGUCUUUGUUUAUUUGUUAAUGACAAUUAGAUAAUUUGUAUUCAUGAACUUGGAUUCGUUGA